CAGGAAAUUUUUUUUUAUAACAUUGCAGCCGAGCUGAAAAUUAGAGACACUCUAAAGGAGAUUUAUACCACAUCUCUAGACAAAAUAGAAGAGGCUUUCACCGCCAAUAAUUUGUGCCGCUGUAAAAAUCCAGUUACAACAGCUUUUGAGGUUAGUCUGUAUCAGCAUCAAUCCUCUUAUAUAAAUGCUUACAAGUGAUUUGGGAGCGAAGAUAUUUUGAGAGCAAAAAAUCAUGGCGAGACACUUAAGUUUGAGUAGAAAACCCACCUACGGCCAUCUUUUUCUAUUUUCUGCGCGAAAGCGUUUAAAAAAAUCAGCGAAGGUGAUUCUCUUCAAACGGCCUCUUCCUUCUCACAUCUCUGAUCGGAAGAAUUAAGAGCUGUGGGAAUCAAUUAACCAGGCAACCAGGUUGGGGUAAGGGCGCAGUGUUGUAUCGUACUAAAACAUACCCUUCAGUUGGAUAAAAUCUGUUAACCAUUUUCUCACCGUUUGUAUAUAAAGCAAAAAUAAAUCAACAACGACAAGAAUUAUUUUAGGUCACGAUAUUCAUACACAUCAUAAUCAUUUCUGGAUUCAAGAUCAAGCAUGUUGGUCCAGCACAUCAUUGAUCCAAUUUUGUUGGAAGGUGUUGCCUCCCUUUGAAAGAACCAAAUAUUAUUCACUCAUUCAGGCCGGAUUCACCAUCAUCAAUCAUCUUCAAGGCCGUCCAAUGGUGUUCAGGGGAAUCCAAAAUUCGCUUUCACAGCCUAAUGUCGGACACCCGUUUUUUAUUACUCUUAAUGCAGGUUUCAUUGAAACUUAGGCAACUCUCCUACUAUCGAGACGACAAUGCAGUAUUUUUUACUACGCUAGCAGAGCAGGUUGAGGACUUCUCUGUUACGCUUAUGGAUCAAAUCAACACGAAAGAGGAAAUCUCAAUUGGGCACGAGGAAAGCAGUGAUAUGGACCCAUAUGCGUCUUUACUUGAUAGUAUUACCGAAUCAGCUAUUCGCUUUUCGCAGAAAAAGGUACACAAACUUUAUAAUGAUAUGGCUGCUGGAUUUAAACGUUCAACAAAAGUUGCUAUUAACCGUGCUUUUAUACAACAAAGUUUUUCUACGUUUCCUGAGGCACAGAAUAUCGCAAGGUGCCGAAAAAUAUUGAGAUUCUUCAAGGUAUGAAAAAGGGUAUGAUUUUUGCGCCGUUUGAUCUGAAAACGGGUACAUUGUAUAGACUUUGCCUAUUUUGGUCUGGAAUCACGGGCAUGGUUUUCCAGGGAACGACAGGAGUGCAUGAACGUAUUUGUCGUUUCAAUUCCAAGUGAAUAAGAAAGAGAGUUAGAGUUAUAUGUGAUUUCGAAAUAGAUUUUAAGGUUAUAGGCUCCUGGUAUGAUGACAAAAUUUUUCCUAGAGAAACGGAUAUGUAUUUUGGGGGGCAGGUCUGAAAAGGGGUGUGGAAAUGACAUUUUUGGUCUGAAAAUGGGGUUAGGAUUUGGAGAAUCGGGUGGCACACCCCCACCAAGAGUAACCCCCCACUGGGAAAUCAGCCUACUGUCUGUAAGGGAAUAAAUAUUUGCAGACAGCAGGCCUUACGGGAUAACCAUUCAAAACCAAAAAAACGGGAAAUUUAAAUGAAAAUCUGAUAGAGAGAGGAAAACACUCCGUCGACAAAGCUUCUGUCGGCGAUACAUUGCGUGAAAGAAAUAAGAAAGAAUUAAUAAUAGUACAAGAUUUUAAUUCGAAAGUAGCGAUAAUAGCAAAAAUGUUUUACUUUCCAUCAACUCAACUUUUUUGUGCUUUUAUUUUUUCCCUAGUUUGUAUCCCUUCCACUGUCGUACAGACUGCUGACCCAAAGGUGGAACUAUGGUUUGCCACCUGACUGUCAACCAGGGAAAAAAUUGAGGUUUCUUGUAUAUGUAUUUAUCGUACUCGACACUAUUUUGACUCCUGUGUUUCUUCCUCUUAUCACAUAUGCCUUCUACAAGGACCAGGUAACCUGUCUGACUCGUGAAGUGGUUAAACCGAACAAGAAAACAUUAAGAGGUUCGUUACCGAUGGAAGAACAUUAUUAAAGCCGAAUUAUAUUCUUUACAAGCACUCCAUUAACAUAGAAACAAAUAGAAAUUCUCAAACUGCAUAUAUUUCAGAAGGACCCUAAAUAGGCAAUUGACGUGUAAGUGUGUCAGUAGUAAUUUAUAGGAAUUUUCGAGCAACUGUUCAAAGGAAUUGUGAACCUAGAACUUCCUGUUGCUGUCCCUGUCUCCUUGCAAAAGGAGUUUAUCAGAGAUCUUAAGUUCCGACGGCGGCGAUGGCAAUGAGAACAUAAAAAAAAAACUGAGCAAGAGGUUAAAUAAUCAAAACACCAACUCUGUAAUUAAGUGCAUCACAUGUUUUUGUACAAUUCUUUGCCGUCACUGUAAGACUACGACGUGAAAGUGCCUAAUUCAAUCUCUUUAAUGGAGGACGUAAAAAAGCCACGAGGAAAUUUUCUUUCUUUUUCUAAACUUGGAUAUCAUAUCUUAAAAGUUCUACUUUAGAAGACCCUCUGUAAAAACAAAGGAGACGAAUUUUGUUGGAAGAAAAACAUGAAAAUUUCAUAGCGGCGGUGAGAAAAUGAGAAAUGCUAGCAGGCACCAAGCUGAAAUGAGCGGCAGUGAAAAACAUAAAAGCGAACAGGAAUUCAAGCAACAAAAUUUUUGAUGAGCUCAUACGACAAUUCCUCCAUAAAAAAUAAUGUGUAACGAGGAAGUUUCACGUUUUAGUCGUGCAAAACGGCAUUGUAGCAGAAAAAACAAGUUUUGGAAAAAAAAUUGGGUGUCAGAACUCAGUUGCCUUGGCGACUUCAAUGUUGAUGCACGUGUCAAAACGACGUUAAAACGUUUCCAGACAAGUUUUAGGAAAAGUCUUUGUGCUUGGUGGUCAUAGCUUAAACUGUUUUGAAGUUAUUCAAUUUUUUUCGUCUUGGGGAGAGGGAUAAAGCCCCCCCCCCCCGGUCUGAAUAGGGUUACUAUAAAACUCCCCAUUGACCAAACGUUCAGCAACAUCGUCUCUAUAAACAUAUCCGAAUACGUUUUUGGCGCCUAUAAAUCCUAAUACCCUAUAUGUACUUAAAUCUGGAAACAUUUAUGAAUCCAGUACGUACGUACGCACCUAAGUAAUGACAUGUAAACGUGGAAUUGGCCACGAUGUCUAAUUACUGUGUUCGACGUUACAACUUAUCAUGUUUGUCUUGCAGAUAUGUACCUGGACUACUUAACAACCCCCUUCGUCAUCUUUUUAAAGGAAAAACUACAACAAAUAGUGUUCAUAGCUUUACACAUCAGAAUAUGUGUAUUGGGUUCUCUUGUAUCCCCAAGAAUCGAGGAAUAUCUCAUUCUUGUAUUUUACAUCGGAUUGUUGAUCUCUGAGUUUCAGCAAUAUUAUACAUCUCAAUCCAAAGUUUAUUUUCGGUAAGAUGGCGAGGCUAAGACCUCUAAUAAAGUAAUUAACUUUCCCGUAUAACCCUUCCUCAGACCUUCCUUAUAUUAGUCAAUGAAUGUUUAUUAAUUGCGAGUCAGAAAAGCUUAUCAGUUUUCCUCGGUCCAGCUGUCGGGUCUGAUUCUGACUAUCUUCCAAUGACGCGUGGGCUCCUCAACUGAGCGUAAGUUUGAAAAGAACUUUCAUAAGAGGUCCAAAUAUUCAGCAAUUGUCACAGACCUGAAAAAAAAUUUGUAUUAAUGCAGAUCAAAGGGUUUUAGCACAAAACUAUUACCUCUUCAGGAGCUACAGUGGUGGUUAAAGGGAGAUUUGGAUUCCCUUUUUUUGCUCAUCCUCUAUAAAUCAUCUAGACGCUGUUCUUUAGCAACAUAAACUCAAGCAGCAAUACAAAUAAAUAUAUAUAUUAUUCUAGAAAAUAACAAAUAAAAAACAAUUUUCACUUCUAUUAUAAGAUUGAGAGUUAUAUGAGUCCAACAUUUGGAUGCUUUAAAUUAUUUAUGAACAUAACAUACUGUAGUUAAUUAUAAUGACAUUUUGUUUUCCAUGCUUUUUUGAUCGAAAGGUAGUUUUUGUUUUCUUUUUUACUGUUUACGCCCGACUUACCGUGAAAUUUUUACUUUGCUUACCGUAUGUUAAAGUGGNUCAUUUGUAAAGUUGUUCUUCACAAAAUACUUCUGAGUCUUGUCUUUCUUCUCCAGAAAUAUGUGGAACUAUGUGGAUGUCAUUACCCUCUCCUGUCACGCUAUCAUAUUUGUCCUCAGAGUUGCGUCCAUCAUUAAAGGUGGAGAUCCGUACCAUAACAGACUACUGGAGGUAAUUAACUAUCUCUACGGUGUAAACACUCUGCUCCUAGUCUUGAGGUUUUCAAGCAUACUGGAAUUAAACAAAACAGUUGGACCACUUCAGUUGGCUUUGUUCAGAAUGAUCGUCGACCUUAUGAUCAUUUUAGUUCAGUUUGUGUUUGUAAUUUUGGCUUUUUCUGUUGCCAUCACAAUGAUCUACACCGCCGAGAUGUCUUAUUUGACGCCAGCACAAGAGGUGGAAACCAACCGGACCCAGGUUAAAAGGUGAGGCUAGCGCAUGUUUUUUUUUCCUUUUUUUUCUCUCGCUGCUUUCAUCUUAAGUUCUUUUUUUAACCGGAAAUUAACAGAUGUGUAUCUUUGCUAGUUAUUUUGUUUUAUUUUUUUUAACUAAUUCUUUGUAAACUUAUUUUUUUUAGCUUUUGUGCGAGUGGGUCAUCGUCUUGGUAAGUUCUUUACUCACGUGAUAAAAAAAAAACAUAAAACUUCUUGCCGAGUUUUACUGAGACCUAAGCUUUAUAAAGGCCUCUGGAAUUCAUUAACCCUCAGAUCAGGCGUUGCAUUUUUGUUCUAAUCCUGCCCCGCUUGCCUCUGUUCGCCGGGAAAAAAAGUAAGUAUCUUCCUGGAAUUGACAUUUCUUUUUUACCUCUUGGUGUACAAAUCAAGCCAUUUAAUAUGAUAGCAGUUAACCUGUCAUUGUUAAAAUCAGUUGAUAACUAAUUUCGUUUCUUGAAAACUUGCGUAAUUGUCAGCUAGUGUCAAAAUAUAAAGAAUGACGGAUGGACGAAAGACUUUCCUAUGAUUAUAACGUUGACUUUUUUAACGAUGCAUGUCAGUAACUUCCCCCCAAAAGCGUUAAUACCGCUGAAGUACUAGUUCCCUGGCAAUUUCAACAUAUUUUAUCAGUGCUAUUUUCCAAUGCAUAGCUUAUUUAAAGCAUCUACCCAUCUUGUAUGGUCAGUCUUUGGCCUGACGAAUCUGGAGACCCUGGAAUCCCAUGACACCUGGUCAGAUACAGUCGUUGGAAUCCUCUACGUAAUGUUUCUGGUUUUAACUGUCAUUAUGCUGAUCAACAUGCUAGUCGCUUUGCUCAACAACACUUACAAUAAAGUGGAGGUAAAUAACGUUGACGUAACUUUUUGAUCAUCGAAAUCGGUUGAAACUUUCAUUCUGAAAAAAACAAAUCAAAAACAUAACCAACACGCAUAUAAAUAGGUUCGGGCCACAAUCUACGUUGGGAGGUUCGACUGUGAGUGUUAUUUUAAAGGGACUAUGUCUCGCUUUUUGCUAUCUUGUCAAUUAAAAUAAAAAGCGAACUAAAGACUAUUUUCCAACUAAUCGAAUUCCAAAAAUAGUGGUUCAGCAGGCACUAGAACUGUUUCCUGCUCUUUAUUGCAGCAGAUGACAAAGAGCGGAUUUUACUUAAAACAGUAAUAUCCUUGUGACAAAGACCCUCUAAGACCUUAAAAGAAUUGAGAGUUACUUAGAAGAGUGAAAGCAAGACGUCGAAAAAACAAUCAAAGAUGUCUAUUUUUAUUGACUCGACACCCGCAGGAGAUAAUUAAAGCAUCUGGGUCCCCUAAUAUGCACUCUCUAAAACAUAUAAUGUUGCGUUUCAGGAUAAAAUUCUUUAAAUGGCUUACGGAAUACGGGAUUGAGUGAAUGUUUUAAUCAGGGAACAUUUCUUGUUGGCCAUGUUUGUUUUUAGACUAACGCAGAUGUGGAAUGGAAAUUUGCUCGCGCAGUAGUCGCUGAUGAAUAUAGAAGACAUCAUCCCAUUGUUGUUCCUUUCAACAUCAUCACCUUCCCUAUCUCUCACUGUUAUAUCAAGAAGUACGGAGACAGCCGAGCAGAGGUUAGGAGAGGCUAG